CAUCAACCCCCCCCCUCCUCUCUGCACAUGCUACUCUCUUCACCCAACUGACUUGCACCACAACUGCAACAACAUCCAACAAAUUAGUUUCCCGCCGAGUCAGAGGAUGAUUAUCAUCUCGUCGUCCUAGUCACCCUUUCCCAGACCACCGCGCAACUGAUAUCCGGCCGGGUGCCUUCUCCAACUACUUCUACCUGGCACGUACCCACAGACUCAAUCUCCAGUCUUGCUUCUCCACUGCAACCACCAUAACUCAUCGUCCGAUCCUAAGGAAACACAACUCUGUAUCUCUUUCGGCCCAUAUCCAUUCUCACCCGCAUUGCUCGUCGGUCACUCGCCUGAAUCCAGGCCGCGUUACUCUCCGCCGCCAUCAAUUCCGAUCGUGAACGAGUCCUCAUUGCGGUCGAUUCCACCUCCCCUCUGCCGACCCCAAACCUGGCAGCUCUACCGUUACAGCAGCCCGACCUUGAAGACACCGAGUCCGUGGAACCUCACGUUUGCACUUCAUCAUACGGACCCUGAACUCUACAUAAAAAGCUCCGUCACUAUGCCAGUUGAAGUCCGUCACUCCCCGCCUCCGUUGCACCAGCCAGGCUCCGGCAACAUUCGACCUAAAGGCAUCUUGAAGAAUCCAUCCUUUUCAUCCUCAAGCGGCCAUCCAGGCUCGCCGUCAAAAGACGAGUUCCACCUGCCGCCACACGUGCCCCUCGAUCCAAAGGAAGAGAGAGAACUUGUGCUUCAGAACACCCUCCAGAAUGCCGGUCACCGCCGCUCGUCGUCGGCCGCGAGACGGGCAUCCGCGUCACGCCGCCACUCAGCCGCGCUGGCCGCAAACCACGAAGACGACCCGGAAAAGAUGCGGCUGAAGUGGGACGAAGCGAACCUCUACUUGGCCGAGCAGGAAUCAGGCGGACGCAUGAAAAUCACCGAGCCAAAGACUCCCUAUCAAUAUGGAGACGCCAUGAUGGAAGACGACGAUGAAGAAGAUGUGGCUAUCGACCCCCGCUUCGUCAACGUCGAUGAAGUGGAAAUGGCAAAAGCCCCGAAGACGAACAAAAGACACCGUGAAAGCGAGAUCCCUGGUCUGGAGCUCGGUGAGCCUGAAGAAGAGCUGUCUCCGGGGACCGCCGCAUCGCCAGAGGAAGACAGAAUUGUUCGAGGUUCGAACAAUCUGUCGCGAGAAUCAAGUAAAGAAAAGCAUGUUAGUGUCAGUGAUGGCAGUGAUGCAGAUGGGUUCAAGGAGCAGGUCGGCAUGCCCACUCGCGAGGAGAAGGAGAAACACCGCCAGUUUGAGGAGCAGAGGAAGAGGCAUUAUGAGAUGAAGGACAUCAAGAAUUUGCUUGGACACCCCGAGGAAUUGGACAUGGAAGAUGAAGAGGAGCCUUCCGUUCCGCCCGUGAUGCCAAAAGAUUUACCGGAGCGAUCGAUUAAUGGCACCCGCUAGAGCGUCCUUCCGCCAUGCCCGGUGCACCUUUUCCAGCAUUUCGAAAUUGGUGUCUCCGCCGUUGUUUCAAUCACUUCUUCAAGCAUGACGAAACUAUAUACUCGGACAAACUUUACUAAACCGGAUCAAAGGUAUAAAGACGCAUGGGAAGGGGCACCGUGCACCAGCAUCGACACCAGCAGACAGCAUGGGGGUGCACAGGUGAUUGGGUGGGUAGAGAAGAAAGGGGCAUGUUCUCAUAUGAUCUCCACCGAGUCUCAAUACAUGCUUAUGUGUCGAGCGCCGGAUGGGGGUCUCAUUUCCUUUGGUAUUGCAUCAUUCACACACACGCCAGCAUGCAUUCUUCGACUGGACGACCAUGACGACCGUCGUCCCAGAGAUUCAGCAUUCGUCCGCAAGCUUCAACCACGGGCUCGCCGUUACUUCAAAUGUCAGAUUUCGUUUGAUCAGCAUUAAUCGACCCCAUUCAAUGCAUCUUGAUGCCCGCGAUUGGCAUCACUCCGAAGGAUCACUCAGUCGUACAGCUGCAGCCUUUCGCAGUCUUGCUUUGUCCUCUUCUCGCCCCCGAAGCCAUCCUCUUCCGAUCCACCUUCGCCAACGUUUCAUAGUUGCAUGAUCAGUCUUCUUCCUUUGUCGGGCAUUCGAAACUUUUCUACCUUCCACGAGUAAGCAACGAACGACUGGGGAGUGAUGGGGGAUACUUGAGUGAUCAAAGGAAAAUUGCCGUAUUCUGGGGGGGCACAAAAAGGGACAACGUGUCAGAAAGCCUUAAUUCCAUUGAACUUCACUGCACGGGACUGAACGUCCACGUCUAUGUCCACGCAAUCAGAAAGCAAAGCAAAGGAAGUGGAGGCAAAGUGAUCUAUAUGGUGGACACGAAAAAACAAAACAAAACAAAAAACAAAAACAAAUGCAUAGCAUAGCAUAGCAUAGUAUAGCCUGCCGUUGUUACUUGCUGCCUGCGGCCCUGGUUUAUCCCGAACCGUCUGUAGCGCGCGAUCAGGCUAUUGAUGCAAUGGACAUUAUCGUCUCAUCA